UGCGUGCCUAAAUAUUGGACGCUUACAUGUAUAAACGAAGAGAGUUACAAGUUCAACUAGUGUCUUAUACACGAGGAUUCACUAGCUACACAAAAUCACCAGGAUCCGCAAGCGCGCGUCGGCGACAGGUGUCUCCUGCCAUACAGGUGUUCUCUUCAGUCGGCCAGUGGUGGUCAGCGGCGCGCAUUCGUGCGUGCGUGAUGCGUGCAUGCCUGCGUGCGUGCGUGCAUGCGUGCGUGCAUGCGUGCUCCGUUCCGUUCCGUUCCGUACCACACCACACUCUGCAGCACGUCGUGCGCGCGAGGAAAGACCGCUCUCCUCUCUUUUAUCGCGGCGUGCGCGGGCGCGAGUUCCGUUCCGUUUCGUUUCGGCGAGCAAGACUUUUUCCUAAUACGAGAAAGUGAUAAUAUAUCGCGGGCGCGAUGCGAAGAAACGCGGCGCGACGCCGCCGUGUGUGUCGGAGCUCUGAAUAAUGACUCGGCCGAGGCGCAAAGUCAUCGACUCGGGAAUACCGAGAAGAGAGAGGAGGUGAAAGAAAGACAGAGAGAGAGACAGAGAGAUCCCUCUUUUUCUCCCUCCUUGAUAUAUCCACGCUGCUUUCGAAUAAACGCUAAAUUUUCACAUGCCAACAGCGAUCUACGCGCACAUCCGAUCGAUGGAAGGACGGAUUCGCGUUGCACUGGGAUAUUAUGUUAAUCGCCUUUUACGGUCAGAAUGAGGGAGGAAGAGCUCGAGAUAUCACUCAAGGUGGUGAUAGUGGGCAACGGCGCCGUGGGGAAGUCGUCGAUGAUUCAAAGGUUUUGCAAAGGUACUUAUACGAGGGACUACAAGAAGACGAUCGGCGUCGACUUCCUAGAGCGUGAGAUCGAAGUUGACGGUGAGGACGUAAGAUUGAUGCUCUGGGAUACUGCAGGACAGGAAGAAUUUGAUGCGAUAACCGCGGCUUAUUACCGCGGCGCCCAUGCCUGUGUCCUCGCUUAUUCGGCUACCGAUAGAGAUUCUUUCGAUGCUAUUCCCUCGUGGAAACUUAAGGUCGAGAACGAGUGUGGAGAAAUACCCACAGUUCUGGUGCAAAAUAAAAUUGAUCUCGUCGAUCAGAGCGUGAUCGAUCCGGACGAAGCCGAGAGGCUCAGCCGCGCCUUAGGCUGCAAACUCCUGCGGACGUCCGUGAAGGAGGAUAUCGGCGUAAUGAGCGUCUUCCGACACUUGGCGUCCCGAUGCCUGCACGAGAUGCGUCGCUCCGACGAUGACUAUCAAGACGACUUGAGACUAUAUUCCGCAGAGCCUAGAUCUCCUUCCGUCAUCAGUGCGUUUAGUCCAGAUGGGUCAAUGUGCGGUCGUAACGCAGGCAACGGAACGAUAAUCCUUCGGCCCGGUGGCAAAACAAAGAGUCAUAAGAAACGAAAUUUCGUAAAAAACGCUUGUAGACUCUUGUAGCUGUAUCUCGUGAUGUAUGUACGAUAGCGUUACAUCGCGCACCGAGUAUCACAUGAAAACGUCGAAGGUACGAUUGUCUUGUAAAUAUAUAUAGUUUAUUCUCUGAAGGCGUAAACGCGGACGGUGAUUUACAGUGUCCGGUAAUGCAAAGUCUAUUGUAUUCUAAUUAACGGCCUACGACGGUUUCGUGUAUAAGAACACAUAGGACGCAUAACAUUUGAGAACACGUCAAUUUAAAUGCAAUAGGAAUAAUCACCAUAAUUAUGCUCAUAACGUUAACCAAAUGGUUGUAGAUUAUAAGGUAUGGAAGAAGAUUAAUCGUAAAGUAUUAACUGCAACUACGCGUACUCGCAAGUGCGAAUGGGAAUAGCGAUGUAAUACGAAUAUGACGCGUAAUUUGUAAAUAUCUCGCCAUAUUAUCAUAUCUAUAUAUAGGCAUAUAUAUAUUAUGUGAAUUAUUAAUAUUUAAAUUGCAUCGCAUUCAAGGACCAAAAUUAAGAAAUUAAGAUUUUAAUGUCGAUAUGAAUAUAGCGUUAAUUAAAUGACAACGACAAUAAUAGUAAUAUAAUAAUCGUUAUUUACAGAUUAGCGCGUCGAUAUUACUUAAGAUUAUUCAAAUUCUAUAAUAAUUCAAGACCUGCUCAACUUUUUGCAAAAUUUUCAAAUUAACGAAAUAAAAAUGCAUUCCAAACAUGUAUUGUGGUUCAAGGCUUUUAUUUCUUUAAGGAUGUUCUGGAAACACCGUCUCAAUCAAAAGUAUUUCCAACCGAAGUAUUUCCAAAGUAUUUCCAAAGUAUUUCUCAACCAAAGCAGAAAAUAUUAAAAACUCUGAUAUUAAAGGCCCGGGAAUAGAAAAACUUAAGCAAUAAACAAAUCAGCCAAUCACAGUCAAGAACUUAAAAGACAUAACGUAAGCGGUAGCAAAUCCAAACUGUUGAUUUCCUUACUGCUUAAAUUUUUCUAUGUGCCCGGGCCUUAAUUCUCCAAGAUCCAAAGAAAAAAAAUGUAUAUAAAUAGUUACGGCAAAUCUAAUAGAAUGUAAAAAACGUAGAUUUAGUGACUGUAAAUAACUGUUACUACUUUUUUCAAAAUCUCGAAAAAAAAAAAAAUUUUGUAAUUUCAAAUUUUGUUAUAUUUUUGUUUGUUAAUGUACUUGUAUACAAUAUUAUGUUGGUAGCAUUUUUUACCCAAGUGACAUGUGACACAUCGCAGUCAAAAUGACAUCAUUUUUUGGUCAAUAUGAUGUCAUUUUGACUACGAUGUGUCGCUUGGGUAAUGUUUUUAGUUUUGGAUACACUUUAAAGUUACGUGGUAAAACUUGGAUAUUAAAAAAUUGAUAACUUUUUAUUUAAAUUGUGAAUCGUUCUGAAAUUUGGCCCCGAGCUUUGAAAGAGAAUACAAAAUAUGGUAUUAAAUUUUCAUCAACUUUGUAGCAUUUUGAUAAACUCUCCAGAACAUCCUUAAUGUUGAAUAUUGAAUUAAAACGCCAAAAGUGAGAAAUCAACGUGAAUUUCUUUUUUCUUUCACACUUCUCUCUUCUGACAAUCAUAAUUCAAUUCUACUGUAGUGAGAAAAUGGGAGUCUUAAGCACAGUGUAAAUUACAGUUUCCUAAGGCAAUAGCGUUUACAAUAAGUUACUUAAUAACUAAUGUUGUAUUUUUACUUAUUUGUAAUAUUACAGAAUGCAAUAAAAUCUU